AUGAGCGAAAAAUUUGAUCCAAUACCAGAUACAUUUGAUGAACAAAUGCAGAAACUGAAGCAGAAAUACAAUGAGUAUAAAGCUCGAGAAGAGAUUACGCCGAAAUGGUUUGAUCGAGAGAACAAUGAGCAACAAUACAAAGCAGAAAUAGAAAAAUUUUUCUUUUCAUCAUCCAAUUACAUACGAUAUCCACAAAUGAAAUGUACUAAACAUUGUUCUGAUUAUUUUGCUGAUUACCAUCGUUGUAUAGAGAUUCUUGGAAAACAAUAUGAACCUUGCAAUUUUUUUAAAAUUGUCUUUACGAAUUUGUGUCCAUCAACAUGGACUAUGGAAUAG